AUGGCUAACCUGCACGAGAAGUUGGAGCGGAGGAGGAGAGAUCUGCAGACUGGGCUGAGCGUUACGGUGAAGAGCAAAGUGAAACUGAGCAUGCCAGAACUGAAGAUCGCCAUCCAGCAAGGCGCCAUGAUGCUGGAGCGCUUCUACCCGACGCACGUCUUCCCGAAGCUGGGCCGUACCGAGGACCAGUUCUGGGACGGCAAAGCGCUCACGCCCGGCGACUGGGCGGGCCUGGCGGGGCUGCUCUACUCGGAGCUGUUCAGCCUCGACGUGCUCACGCCGCUGGAUCGCUGCGACACCAGCUUCCGGCUGGAUCCGCACCCGCAGGCGGAUCUGUCGCGGUACACGGAGAUGGUGCAGUGUGCGCAGCUGGGUGCAGGUGGUCCAGAUUUGUUGGGGAAUGUAUACACUCCAAGGGGAAAUAUCCAGGUGCAUUCGCCGUAUUUGGAUGUAUCUGCAUUCAAUCCUAGAUCGAAAUCAUCUCCUACUGGAAAGAAAACCGACAAGAACGAAGACGUGUCUGCCAUGCCGGGAUCUCUGAAGAGGAGCACAAAAACCAUCCUGUGGAUGCCAUGGAAGAAGCACAGCCGUCCAUAUUCACCCGAUAAAAUGGUGAUACCACUUCCUAUACCCCAUCCAGCCCACAUUGCUGUCACCGUUAACAAUAGAGAUUCGGACGAUCCUAUUCCCCUAGAGUCUGAUAUUUGCCAAAGCAUAUUGAGGGGGAUCGAAGAGAGUCAUGCUUCUCCAGACGAUAGUGGCAUCGGCAGGUUCAAAGGCGGCCCCGACUCCCUCGACACGCCCAGCUCGAGCUCCGACGACCCGCCCGACAGCCCGCGACCCGCCCCCUCUGCCACAGGUGGGCGGAGCUCAGCGGACGGAACCGCCCACCGCUGGACGCUGAGCAACUGGGGCCAGCGCAAGCGCACCGACUCGGGAAGCGUGCGCGUGGAUCUGGCCAGCCCAGAGGACGUCACGUUGGACAGCGACAGCACCAGGGUGGUGUUCUGCACGUACGGUACGACGGUGUGA